AUGGGACACCACGUCUGCAGUCCCAGCGCCACAGGGGUCUCAGAGAGGCCUUUCCGGCCCCAGGCGUGCGCCCCACACGGCGCAAAGACGGGCUCCAUCCACCCAAAGCUCAGUGCAGGGGACCCGCACCCAGUGCCGACCCCACGUGGAGCCAUCAGUGGCCUCAGUGCUUGGUGGUGGAGGCCACGUGGCUCCCAUCCUGCCAUUUCCGGCGCCCUGGUGUGGGCAGGUGUGGGGCGGGGCCGCGGGCAGGGGAAGAAGGAACCACAAGAGCACACUCUCAAGAGACAAGCCGACUCGGCCAUCGAGGCCAAGAGACUCCCGGGAGAGAGGGCCUCCUGUGACACUCAGAGCAAGUCCCCACGAGCCAGCUGGGUGAGCGGUGCCCGGGGAGAGAGAGAAGGAUGGCCAUCAGAAUCCAUGGGCAAAGCCCGGCCCUUCAUCUGGAAGGAUGUUUACCGGAAGGAAGCCAGCAGGAAGCAGAAUGUAUCUGCGGGCCUCUCCCAGUCCCCUCCGGGAACCAUGGCUCAGGAAGCCUGCUGCUGCUGGGCCGUCCUGGGCCACGGUGUGAAAACAGGGGCAAGAUGUCUCUCCUUGAUUCCACAGAACAAGCCAGAACACUGCAUCCACAAUGCGUGUGCUGCCUACCUCAACAAUACCUGUGUCACUGCUGUAGAACAGCUCUAAAACAGAAGGAAGCCAGAGUCACCCACACGUCCAGAGCCAGAGGGAACCGGGGUGGCCUUGUAGCCGCAUCCUGUCGUCCUGGCCCCAGGUUCGUUCAUGCCCCGCCCCGGGGUCAUACAGAGUCCCCGUCCCCUCGAUGCUCACACCCUGAGGAGGAGUCCUGAGGCAAAACAGGACCCCUGCAGCUGCAGAUACGGUGGAGAGGGCAGUUGGGGGAGGCGGGCUGGGUCAGGGACUUCCCACCCAGGGCAGGAGAGGGGGAUGGGGAGGGCGUCUACGCAGGGUGUGAGCCCCGCCUCCUGCUUCCUGGGGUUCCCUUUCAGCCCCCCCCCUCCCCCUGCCCGUGGGCUGCACGCUUUGUCUCCAGGGGAAACUAUCUAUUUGUUAGGAAAACAUGUUAAUGGGCCUUUCAGGUCUGAAGGGAAAAUCCCAGGGUGCAGGUGGGGCCAAGAAUCAAAACCAGGUCUGAGGGGCGCCCCCUGGAAGGAGAUGGCUCACCUGGGGCAGGGACGGGGGUGCAGCUGGGUGCCGGGUAAAUCCCACCUGCCUUUCGUUUCAUCUCUGAUGUCUAGGGGCACCUGGCUCACGGAGACAUGGGAUUUAUUUUAUUGAAAGGGUUGCGUCCUAGUCCCCCACUCUCCAUUUUUUUUACAUCAGUUUUGGAGAUCUCCCUCUGUUGCCAAUGUGUUUUCCUGCUUGUCACUUGGCUUUUAAGUUAUUGAAGACACUUACAUAUACGUAGAUGUGGAAACGGCACGCACUGAAAGCCAGUCGUAUUUUCCUUCUUCGGGUGUGUGCCUAGAAAGUUCUUAUCAAAUUCCAUUCGGCGCAAUACUUACAUAUGCCUCUUGUAUUUACAGCGUGAUUUUCCCCUCUUCUUUUCAUGCUACUCUAAUCCAUCUGGAAUUAAUUUAUAUGGAAGCUUGGCCAGGGAUUUCACUUUAUUUUCUUCUCCAAAUAAUUAACCAAUUAUCCCCGCGGUGCUGGUCGAACGCUCAGAAUGCACAGCCAGUGCUCUCCCGGCCUGGUACUAGGGUUACUCCUCUGCGGGCAGGGUUCAAAGCAAACCCCAGGAGGCCUGCUGCUGCGACCCCUCUGGGCCCGAGGGACCCCGCGGGGAGCUGUCUGCAGGGAGACACAGCCUGCCCCAGUACUGGCGGGCAGGCUCAGAACUCAGCUCCCCAGCCUCCUUCUCCUCCCAACUGUCUGACCUGCCCUUCUGCCCUGGCAAACGCGCCCUGGAGAGCUCGGGGCCCGCGGCCCCGAGACCUGGGCGGCACGGGCCUGUGACGGGAUGACGUGAAACUCCUAGUCAUUCACCAGAUGGGAGCCAGGAAAGGAGAGGCUGGGGAGUCAGCCUGCACCGGAAAGGCCAUCAGGCCUCUCACAGCCUCGGGGGGGCUCGGCCUGCAGGCCGCGAGGGGGGGCUCACACCGUGGUCAGCCCACCCGGCUUCAGCCCGGUCGGGCCUGACGCCUAGAAGACAGGAUGGGCGGAACAGAGUCUUACCUGGGCCUCGCCGGCUCUGUCGUGCGCGGUGUUAAGCAUAUAGCAAACGCUAACCGAACAUGGGAAGAGGCAAGAAAACAUGGCCCAUAAUUAAGAGGGAAACCAGACCAUGGAGUAGACCCAGAGAUGAUCUGGGUGUUAGAGUUAGCAGGCAAGGACUCCCAAAUAACUAUCAUGAAUAGAUUAUAGAAAAUUGAAGGAAAGAUGGAAAGUUUCACCAGAGAAUUGAAAUAUUUGUUAAAAAACCAUGAACUAAAUUAGAAAAAGAUCAAAUGGAUAUUUUGCAGCCGUAUGUUCAAUGUCAGAAACUAGUAACUCUAUCAACACCCUUCGCAGAAUACAGGAUCGAGGAACCAGAAGCCAGGUUCAUAGAAAAUACCCAAACUGCAGCACAGAGAGAAAAGACAGAUAAGGAAAGAACAGAGAAACAUAUGUGAGGCAUGUGGAGCUUGCUCAAAAGUUCUUUUUUUUGUUUUUAAAGUUUAUUUAUUUUGAGAGG